AUGCUGCGGCUGCUGGCGUCCGGCUGCGCCCGGGGCCCGGGGGGCGGCGGGGGCGCGCGGGGGCUGGUUCUCGGGGGUCGCGUGCGUCCUGCGGCGGGGCUCUGCGAUCCUGGCAGCAGCCAGAGCCGCCAGGCCUCCGACGCCCCCCGGAACCAACCUCCCAGCUCCGAGUUCGUGGCUCGGUCAGUGGGCAUCUGCUCCAUGAUGCGGCUGCCCGUGCAGGCCUCCCCCGAGGGGCUGGAUGCCGCCUUCAUCGGGGUGCCGCUGGACAUUGGGACCUCCAACCGGCCCGGGGCGAGAUUUGGACCCCGAAGGAUCCGUGAAGAAUCAGUGCUGCUUCGGACAGCCAACCCUAGCACAGGAGCCCUCCCCUUCCAGUCCCUCAUGGUUGCAGACCUAGGCGAUGUGAAUGUCAAUCUUUACAACCUUCAGGACAGCUGCCGCCUAAUUCGAGAGGCCUAUCAGAAGAUUGUAGCAGCUGGCUGUAUUCCUCUGACCUUGGGUGGAGAUCACACAAUCACCUAUCCUAUAUUGCAAGCGAUGGCAGAAAAGCAUGGGCCUAUGGGGCUGGUGCACGUGGAUGCACACACGGACGUGGCGGACAAGGCCCUGGGUGAGAAGCUCUAUCACGGGACGCCCUUCCGCCGUUGCGUGGACGAGGGACUCCUGGACUGUAAGCGCGUGGUACAGAUCGGCAUCCGGGGCUCUUCCAUGACCUUGGAUACCUACAAAUACAGCCGGAGCCAGGGCUUCCGGGUGGUCCUGGCUGAAGACUGCUGGAUGAAGUCGCUGGUUCCUCUGAUGGGAAAAGUGAGGCAGCAGAUGGGAGUCAGACCCAUUUAUAUAAGCUUUGAUAUCGACGGCUUGGACCCUGCCUAUGCCCCAGGGACAGGGACACCCGAAAUUGCUGGUCUCACCCCUAGUCAGGCUCUGGAGAUCAUCCGGGGUUGUCAAGGACUGAACGUGGUGGGUUGUGAUCUUGUGGAGGUUUCACCGCCGUACGAUCCUUCUGGAAACACAGCACUCGUGGCGGCUAACCUGCUGUUUGAGAUGCUGUGUGUUCUCCCCAAAGUGACAGUCGCCUGAAUGUUGUGCUACGAUGUUCAAGAUAAAACAAGAGCUUACCUGGAUGACAAAUUCUCCAGAACUUAUGUGCAAGCAAUCUGAGUA